AUGGAGUAUGUGAGCGGAGCAGAGCUGGAGCGAGGAGCUGAGCUGGAGAGAGGAGCUGAGCUGGAGCGAGGAGCUGAGCUGGAGAGAGGAGCUGAGCUGGAGAGAGGAGCUGAGCUGGAGAGAGGAGCUGAGCUGGAGCGAGGAGCUGAGCUGGAGCGAGGAGCUGAGCUGGAGAGAGGAGCUGAGCUGGAGAGAGGAGCUGAGCUGGAGAGAGGAGCUGAGCUGGAGCUGGAGCUGAGCUGGAGAGGAGCUGAGCUGGAGCGUGGAGCUGAGCUGGAGCGUGGAGCUGAGCUGGAGAGAGGAGCUGAGCUGGAGCGAGGAGCUGAGCUGGAGCGAGGAGCUGAGCUGGAGAGAGGAGCUGAGCUGGAGAGAGGAGCUGAGCUGGAGAGAGGAGCUGAGCUGGAGAGAGGAGCUGGAGCGAGGAGCUGA